UUUGCUGUCAGCCAUGAAGGACAAAUGUCCAUUGUACAAGACACAAGCAUGCAGCCUGUAGCUGAUAGAUUUGCUUCUUUACAGCUGGCGGAGCUGCAGGAUAGCUGUUUAUCACCUGUACUCACACUGAUUCCUCAGGGAAAGACCUUCAUCCCUUCUGAGUCUACUCUUCUUCAUCAGACAGAAUUAGAUUUUGCCCCCUUGAGGGGAUCUCCUGAUCUGUCAGUUUUUUUGGAGAGGUGCCCUCGGAUGUCGCACCUAGAUGUGGAUACAGAGUCCAACCACCCAGACAGAUCUCUUGAACAGGCAUCACUAUCCCAGCAUCCUUUGGGAGUGACGACUGCCAUUUUAGAGGAUGUUAGCAGCUGCUGCUCGCUCUCACAACACAGCCUGUCACCUAAUAGUGACUACCAGGCAUCAUGGGUUCAUGAAAAGAAAUUUGGUAAAAAAUAUGAAAAACUACUGGAUGGAGAAUUUGGAGACUCCGUUUCAAAACUGCAAAAGUAUGUUGGAGUAGCCAGCAGUGAUGAAGUGACCCUGGUGUCUAAAAAUGCAUUUAGUCAGACUGGUGCUGCCCCAGUUGCACUAAACACACCUGAGGAACAGUCUAAACACUGUAAUCCUACCUGUAAGGAUGAUUCUGACUUUAGGGCUGCAGAGAAACUACAGGUCAGACUAUCUGGGGGUAGAAAGCAGCCACAGGGAGGGUGUUCUUCCUCAGUGUCUCAUAGAAAGACCAUGGGAAGUGUUGAGACAUCACUUUCUUCUCGCAUGUCUGCCAUCUCAAAUAUUACAGUUCGCUUUGCAAGAAUGCAACCAGAUGAAACCACUGACUUUCGCCACAGACAGCUUGAGCUCCAAAGCGAUGCUGCAAUCUCCACACUGGGAAGUAUAAAUCAAAUUGAAAACAAAAUCCCUUCAAGUGCACAAUAUGUUAGUUCGGCCAGUUUAUGUGAGCCAGGUUUAACAAGAGCACCCAAGAAUUCAGCCAGACAUCCAACAGCAGAUGGCUUCUUCUUAACAUCUCAGCCUGUGUCUCAGUCAACACCUGCUGUGCUUUUUGGUAGAGGAGCACCAGUCCUAACUGAACUGACACCCAUAUAUUCCCAGCAAAACACUGAGGCAACAUCAGCAAUUAACCAAAUACCAGCCCUGGACCUAAGUAACACAAACCCUCUGACCAUUCCUGAUGUUUCACAUGCCACCUCUUUGGACCCAGCUGAGACUCAAAAAGUAUCAAACAUUUAUUCUGAGAAGCAACUUAACCAAGAAGCUUCUUCCCCUAAAAUAUAUGUACUUGCCUUGACCCGUGAGGAUGCAUCUUUUGAGCCACAUACACAAUCCAUUGGAUCCACCUCCCAAUCCACCUCUGACCGAGAACUCUCCAAUCAGGAGUUAAUGCUGUCUUCGAGAAGAGUGCAUUCACUACCCAGCCUCAGCUCCCUGCAGAAAGUGGAUGCUUGGAAAGCCAGUCAGAGUUCCAGCAGGUCAUUUCAUGACUUGGCUUUGCAGGGGUUUGCUGGUGUAUCUCCUAAGAGGAAAGCACAAGAUUCUGCAUCUGAAACAGUAAACAUCAUACUGUCGCCACAAAGUCUGGAAAAUCCCAGCAGAGCAGUUAACGUUAGUGGUUUGAGACAUAGGAAUAUGGCAGAGGCAGGUGGGGUUGUACAACCUACACCAGCGUCUCCACUUACUCACUCUCAUUCCCACUUAUCUCUUGGCACAGUUAUCGUCCCUGUUCAGCAGGAUGACACUCAAAUUGAUCUGCAGCUUCCACCUGUACGUUCUCUUGCCAUCACACAAGGGAACAACUCAACUGCUGCUGAAUCAAGUGAUGAGAGGAUGGCUGAUCGGUCCAAAACAAACCCUGUUAAAACACCCUCUUUAAUUGGUCUUGGUCACUUUGGUGAUUUGCCUACAAACCCCAGCAUGAUCAGCUCUCUUCCCAGCUUUAAGGGUAGUUGCUAUGGUGAACAGAGUUUUCAUGAGUCAGUGGGUGCAGCUUCCUCUGUUGUGAGUCUAGAAGUGGAUAAUUAUGCUCCCUACUGGACGUCCAGGCCUAGUUCCCCCCAACGUUCCUUUGAGCUCAACAUCGAAGACAGGAUCCCACUCUACCUUCGUAACUUGGGUAUUGAUCAGUCACCUUCAGCAAUCUUAAAUCCAUUCACACGACGUGGGCCUAUCAGAGAGCCUGAAUUCUCUCCUACUGACUUGUGCACCAUUAAAGAUUCAGUAGGGACACCCACCAAGAGCACACUGCCAUCUGAAGGUGAUAGUCCUCGAAAGGCGACAUUUUCCAGUUCCAGUGUGCUCUCCUCAGAUUCCAAUUCCUCUUUAACACAACAAGUUCAGAAACCUGACAGACCGGCUAGUCCAGGGAGUGUAAGGAUGAUACGCUGCCAGACAAGCACUCCACCCAAAUCUCAGACUUCACACCACGCAUGCUCUGUUCCUAAAGAAUCUGACGCUCCCCAGCGAGAGGGCAGUUAUGGCCUCCCAGCACAAUUGAGCCUGGAUUCUGGCCCCCCUCCAGGGACCUGUCUGGAAGUUAGGGAGGGUGACUCAUCUCUUGUAGGUUCUGCAACACUGCAAGAGAUUAGGCAUUUGCUUGGCCGUGCAGAAAGUCUUGUGUCCGCACAGUCAUCACUGACCUCGUCCCCCGGAUCACACUUUUACUCCGAGAGUGAUGCUUCUUUGUUGUCACUCAGACAGGACACACACAUGUGCCAUGAUGACUCAUCUUUGUCAACUGGUGGAAGGAAUUCCUCGGUCCUGGCUCGCUCUUCCUCUGAUUCUGCCCUAAAGCAGAGCUCCUCAUCAUCAUGUGGGGCUCCACGGCUGUCCACUCCAUCUCAUCACAUGACCAAUGCACCUUUAACAGUCGGCCAAAGCAGAGAAGAGAACCUAAAGUCACGUGACCUUGAUGUAGCCCCAAGGAGGGCGGAGCCUGAGGGAUGUAGUGCUGCAGACCCAGACAGGGUCGGCCCUGUCAGCCUGUCAGUCAAAAAGAUGAAUGCAAUCACAACAUCGUAUGACCAGCAGCAGAGCCAAGACAGUGCAGAGGAUGCUGGGGUCAGUUCAUCUAUAGUUAGCCCCUCUCACAGCUCGGCAGAGAUGGAGUUGGGCACUCCAUUGGGGAGUGAUAGUGGUAGUGACUGCUCAUUGGCUGCCAGGGUUGCUAAGCUCCUGCAAAGCGAGUCAUCCGUCUCAGUCAUUACCAGCCGUCCAAGCACAACUGACACAGAAAAGAGCCGAGCUGGAGCAGAGGUGAUGGUAAAGGUGUCUGGAGGUGAGUGUAAAGCCACAGGACUUAACACAGAGGACAGAAAGAGAAUUGAAGAGAUCAAAAGAGAGCUGCUGCUACACACUAAGCAGAGCUCAGAUUCAGAAAGCAGUAUCCAGUCCUCUGUUGGCACUCUGUCCUGGCCUACAGUCGGCUUUGCAGCGGUGCGUAGUGCUGAGGACCGUCUCACAGAGCAGUUUCAGCGGGCCAGUAAAACUUCACUGGCCCCCACUGUUCCAUCGCACAUACCAACACAACCCAGCCUAGAGGACAGGGUAUGUCAGAUUGCUUUCAGAGAGGGGAUUAGUCUUACCCCACCGCUCCCCUCGGUUAGCACAGCAACCAUCCGGCAAACACCCUCCCCUCAGCCUACAAGUCAACGUCUGCAUGUGCAUGAUGGCCAUGGCACACAUGAAGAUGCUGUACCAGAUAAGAAAUCCCACCAAUUAAUGAGCUCAGGUAAGGAGUCCAAACUACAGACUCAAGGGCCUGAUAAAACAAUAGAGAAGGAAGGAAUGGGGAUAGUGGAAAAAGACAAUGAAAGAAAAGCCAAGAAUGAGCACCAGGAGAACAAGAGACCUGAUGCAUUAGCAGUACAAGAAGGGGGUAUUAAAGACAUCACAGUUGAGAGAGAGAUCCCUCCAGGUUUGGAGUCAGCUUCUCCCUCGGCUCAUAAAGCUCACAUGUCAGAUAUCCAUCUCAACCUUUCCUCUAAUCCAAAGCAAAAAACAACACAAACACGUACCGGUGAUGCAAGCACUUACUCACAGCUGCAGAAUGGACCCCACGCUCAUCAGUCUGACAAAAUGUUCAGCCAGAGCACUUUGAAAAAUGUCCCAUCCCCAGUUUUUAACACCAGUAAAGAACAGAAUCCCACAGUAUCCAGUGAGAUCAGCUCAAGUAAAGACAACGAUAUGGACCAGAACCAGAACACAGGAAUAGUUGGUGGAUAUUCUCAAAAAAGCUAUAGACACCAACAAGCUUAUAUGAAUGCACAAACACUGGCUGGUUCAAGCAGAGCUUUAUCAGUUCAAGCAGCAGCUAUUCCAACAUUAUUGCCUUAUAAACCUCAUGGAAGUUCAGAGCUCUUCUAUAUGCCAAAGACUGACCAAGAACUCUCACCUAAUACUUCUGAAACAACAAUGGAGAGCUCUCACCCAGGAUCUGAUGACGCUGUGCCACCCCGCUUUUCCACUGAGGUGUUGGGCUCCAGAGAAAUUCAGGACCGAAACGUCACACCAAAGCAUAAGGAAGGAAUUUACAGCAAGAGAGUCAAAAUGAACAGAGAAUCCACUGUGUCUGGAAAAGGCUUUUGUGAUUCUAAGGUUGCUUUUAGCCAAAAAGAUUGUAUUGGUCCUGUUUAUCAGCUUACCUCUUCCAACUUUUCUGGUGAGCCUGUUAACAAUCAGGUGGCUAUCCACAUUACUGAGCAAAAUGAGAAGGAGGAGGAUGGGUUUGUUCAACUGAAUAUGGAGGCGGACUAUAGCACAGAUGAUCAGCAUUAUCAUAGCAAUACUGUUCGAAAGCAAAAUUUGCCACCGGAAACACUGUCAUUACCCACUAAGGCUGCCAGGAAUGUGGGGGAGGACAGGAAGGUUCGAGACAUUUCUGUGGAGAUUGGAAGCUCUCUGGACCAACUGUGGCAUCGUUUUAAUAGGAGUUACAGCCUGCAGGAGAGUCGUCCCCUUAAUGAGGGGGAAGUGUCACUGCUGGAGAGACUGGAGCGCCUCUCCCGUCUACUGCAUAGCCCUGCACUGCCACACACUUCUGCCAAACAGGCAGGCAGCCAAGUGGAGAAUGGCAAGAACAUGAGAAGAGACCCUGAAAUGAGGAAUGUGCAAAAUAAGGAGGUGAACACUAAAGAAAAGAAGGAAAGAAGCAGAAGGGUUAAAAACAUAGAUGAAGUAAAAAGGCUUCCAAAAACAGCCUGGGAAGAUAAGGCUUUAAGAACCAGCAAGGCGUUAGUGGAGGACGUGCAGCAAGAAAAUGACCACCGCUAUCCUGCAGAGAGAGAUGAGUCAGCCAGUGUCUCGGUGGAGACCAGCAGCAGCAGAUCCACCAUCGACACACAGCGUUUGCUCAGAGCUUUUGGACCUCUGAGAGUUAGCAGUGGAGGAGAGGAGAGCACUAAGCAGACCAGUGGCAGCUUGCUGAAAGUUUACAACACCAUCCAUAAGCAGAAAACAGGGAACGGAAAAGCUCAUUCAAAGCAUCACCUUGUUUCUGUUGCCACAGAGACAAGCAGUACAGAUGAAUCCAGGGCGUCUUUCGGCACAUUAUCGUCCUCAAGCACUUACAGUCUUCCCUCUCAAAGAGGCACUAGAGGUUGUAGUUCCAAGAGACGAAAAGUCAAACUGGUCAGCCGAGGUAUACAAGCAGGUGAUUUGGAGAUUGUGGUAAAUGGCACCCGCAGACACACCCGAGAUGUUGGCACCACCUUCCCUUCCCCAGGCUGUGCCAAAGACAUCAGAGCACCUGCAGCCAACAGUGUAUCAUGGUUUGUAUCUGCAGAUGAAAUGAAAGUGGAUGCCCGAAAAGAGAACAAGCCACAAUCAGAUUCACUGCAGUUUAAAAACCAAGCCUGGUUUGAGCCCUACAGCAGGGUGCAGCCAUGGAGAGAGCCGCUCAGAGAACGGCACAUUCAGGAACAAAGAGAGACACCACCUGAGCAUACCACCUCUUCAGAGAAUGGCACCAGCCAUAAACCCUCUGCCCUGGUGUAUCUCUCUCUGCAGGAAGCUCUGGAGUUCCACCGCCCAGGGUUUGUGUCUCGCUCUCGGGAGCGUAUGAAGAGACUUUGCUUGUUGGCAGAGGAGAGGAAGAUGCAGGCUGUAUAUAACAAAGAAAGAGAAGAGCUCUUCAACCAGCCUUUGCAAAUACAGCGGCCAGCUGCUGUAUCAGCUUCUGCAGCACCUCCAGCUCCUGCUCCCUCUAAACGAGUUAUUCCUGUUAGUGAGAUGGUCCAGAGAUCUAAGCGGAUUUAUUCCCAACUUCCUGAAGUUCAGAAAAGGAAGGAGGAAGAAAGGAGGAAAAUGGAGUACCGUACAUACCGCCUAAAUGCUCAGCUGUUUAAUAAGAAAAUCACCAAUCGUGUGCUGGGAAAACGAGCACCUUGGCAGUAGUUUCUUAAAAGAAAGAAACUGCAGUGUGUUUGUGUUGUCUUUUUUUAUUCUAUUUUAGGUAUAGACAACCAUGUUUCUUUUAUCGAAGUGUGUCGGUCUGUUGUAUUGUAGCCAGAAAGGUUUGUUCAUGGAUGUGUUAUUAAUGUGUGUUAUUUAUAAUCGAUGUAAUGUUAUUAGAAACUAAAUUAAGUCAAAACAAAGUGUCUGUCUUCAUGUUUUAAUUAUGUUUUUAAUAAAUUAAAGGGCCCGCGGGGUGCUUUAAAAAAG